AUGGUUGCUUCCAACAAUUGCUCAAUCCUUUUCGUGAUCAUAGCAUUAUUGUCCUUAUCAAGCAUAUCUACAAGUAAUGCUGCUCGUAGCCUAAUGCAACUUCCCAACUUGCCUACGAUCCCAUCAUUGCCACAGCCAACAAUGCCACAAUUGCCAAAUAUUCCCAACUUGCCUACAACAAUGCCACCAAUGCCUGCCAUUCCCAACAUGCCCUCACUUCCAAAUAUUCCCACAGUUCCUACACUUUCACCUCCUCCAUCCAACUAA